GUCGUCGUCAGGACCACAACGGUGUUCAAGUGUGGCUACGGCUGGGACAGGCCCUAGGUCAGGGAUGACCUUCAGGCCCCCUACGUCGCAUGGAAGGGCACCACAGGCUACGCAGACUAGGGGCCAAAGUAAGGGUACCACCAGUCAAGGGCCUAGCGCAGGGACCCAGUCGGGCGCCCCCUCGAAAGGACCCUGAACCCGAAUGGAGGAAGGAAGUGGUAGAGGUUCAAGAAGAGGAAGAUGAGGGUGUUGACGAAGAGGACGAGAGGCUCCGGCAGGAGGAGGACCGGAGGGCGGAACGGAGGGCCAAUAAGAGAGGGGCUCAGGGAGGGGUGGAGUCGAGUCUGCAUGACGGUGUGCCAAAAAGGAAGAAGUAUGCAGUCCGGCUGGAGGAAGGCUUUGACGUGGAGCGAAUGGUGGAUAAGCUCCUGGAGGGCCAUAACGAUUUGAUGAACUUAAAGGACAUUCUGGCGUCAACACCGAGGCUCCGGGGCGAGCUGAAAGGGCGGCUCUUACGGAGGUUAGUGCCCAAUGUCCACCUGAGCUCAAUCCUGCCCAGGGAGAUAGAGUGGACGGAGGCGGGCACCGGGAUGGAUUGGAAAUGUGUGGCGUGUGGGUUGGUGGACCUAAAGGUGAGGGACCAGCCGAGCAUUGCAAUGGUGGACACGGGCGCGGAAAUAAACAUCAUCCGGGAGCGGGAUGUGACUAUGCUCGGGCCGGAGGUCGACCAUUCGGACCAUGGCGUAUUGCAUGGCGCCAACUGCAAGGCCAUCUUUUGUGGCACCGCAUCUAAUGUAAUGGUAGAGAUUAGGAGAGUAAGGGCGCGGACGUGCUUCUUUGUCAUGCCUGACGUCGACCACCCUAUUCUUCUGGGGAGGUCGUUCCUCUGCCGAACGAAGACCUUGGUCUUCAACAGGCAUGAAGGGACGAUGAUUCUGGCUUUGUCCGAUCCGGCCUGUGGAAACUAUGAAAUCAUUAAGUGCCGGAACACAAGACCCGGAAGCGGGAGGAACAGGCUCAACCUCGGCUCCUUUACCUUCGAGGAGUCUGAAUACGCGCGACGGAGACUCCGGGAGGAGCAGGAGGAGGAAGGAGUAGGCGAGGUAUUAUCCCUGAGCCUUAACGAUGUGAAUAAGGCAAUGGAGGUGGUGGUGGCACAUGAUAUGGCGGACCCUGAGGCUAUCAAGGCGUUGAGGGAGCAGGAUCUGCAACGGUUGAAUGCAGUGACGGUGCAGGACGCGGGAGGGUUGCUUAACACGGAUGCCCUGUCGGAAACAUGCUCAGGGAGGCCUAUAAUCUCACUUAUAGACCUUUAUUCUGGGUAUGACCAGUUUCCUGUAUACCCACCGGAUAGGCCAGUGACGGCGAUGCAUACGCUAAGGGGGCUGAUCCACAUGAAUGUGGCACCUCAGAGGUGGACUAAUGCGGUGGCAAUGGUGCAAAGACACAUGAUUAGGGCCAUGCAGACAGUUAGCCCACAUAUCACUCAGCCCUACAUUGAAGACUUGGCGGUCAAGGGUCCAAAAGAGAAGGAGGAGGACGAAGUGAUGCCGGGAGUGAGGCAGUUUGUCUGGAAGCACGUCCAUGAUAUCGAUCAAGUUCUGGGUCUGCUGGAGGAGCACAACCUGACGGCGAGCAGCCCCAAGUCGAAGCAUUGCAUGAGGGAGACCACGAUUCUGGGCUUUGUUUGCAACGAAAAGGGGCGGAGGCCAGAUGGGAAGAAGACGGACAAGAUCCUAGAGUGGCCAGUCCCCUUCCAAUCGAUAACGGACGUAAGAAGCUUCCUUGGGACCUGCGGGUUUUGGAGGAGUUUUGUGAAGGACUUCGCCACCAAGACGGAGCAUUUGAGGAAGCUGGUACGUCAGGAUCAGGAGUGGGUCUGGGGCGAAGACCAGGAAAAGGCUGUGGAAAGGAUGAAGAGAGAAUUCAAGGAAGGAGGCUUGGUGUUGGGAGCGCCGAAUUACGAGGCCACGGAGGAGAAGCCAUUCGUUGUCGAGACGGACGCUGGGCCAACUGCCUUAGGAGGCGUCCUGAUUCAGGCAGAUGCGGAUGGGAAGGAGAGGCCGUUAAGGUUUGAAAGUCGCACCCUCAAUACGACUGCGAGGAAUUACUCCCAGUUCAAGAAGGAGACGUUGGCGGUACUCCAUUGCCUAAGGACCUUCCGGAACUAUAUCUUUGGCAGGAGACUCAUUUUGAGGGUGGACCCUACCGCGCUGACAUGUUCCCUGAAAAGCUACACUCCAUCUGACCCAACCAUCGCGAGGUGGUUGACCUACAUUUGGAUGUUUAACUUUGAAUUGGUGAGGAUUCCCGGGGACAAGAAUAGGGCAGAUGGGCUGAGCCGUAUUAACUGGGAUGGGGCGGGCAAAGAGCCAAUUGAAGAUACCCCACCAGUCAACGGGUUCUUGGACCAGGAGGAGGACGUCCACCUCUACAUAAAUGAGUGGUCGCUGAGGGUGCCUAGCUGUGUCAUGCAUCCUAUAUGGCUAGCACCAAGGGGGUACGAGCAGAAGGAGGAGUUGGUCCUCAAGCCCUUCCAGGAAGAAGAUCCGUGGGGAAGUAGGGAUGUUGGCUGGAUGAUGAGGUUGGCAUUGGCAAGGACGCAUAGUCUAGCGGAGGAGGUAAGGACGAUAGAGGAAGGCCCGACCCAGGUAGAGGAGCAUGAGCAACUAAUGGGAGGGAUGUACUUGCUCACCAACACGCUCCUGCAAGGGAACUUUGACCAGAGGAGCGCAGCCAGCUCCGAAGAGGGCGAACUUCUUAUUCCCGAAAGUCAGGACGACGAGUUCGAAGAGGGAGAGAUUAGGGAGGCCUUCCGUGUUGAGGAGUAUGAUGGAAUUUAUCGGGAAUUGGGGUUACUCCUGUCGUGCGAAAUAAGGGAUAGGGACGCAAGUGCCAAAGCCCAGAAGAUGAGGCAUCUCUACGUAGUGAGAGAUGACCAUCUAUUCAUAAAGCGACAAGUUGGAAACCCCAAGAGGAUCGUAUGUGGAAGGAACCGACAGAUCGAUGUCAUAGCAGCCUUGCACGAUGGUAUAGCAGGGGGGCACAGAGGGGUUAGUGCCACGUACGCGAAGAUAAGUGAGUUAUACCAUUGGGAUGGAAUGUUGACUAUGGUCAUCAAGUACUGCCAGUCCUAUGUGCCUUGCCAGCAGAGGUCAGCGCAAAGGCCUGGGGAGCCUCUACACCCCAAGUUGGAAAGGGAAGUGGGGGCAAUUGUACACCUGGACCUGUUACCACUUGGGGAGGAUGGAAGUAACUAUAUCUUCGAUGCACGGGACAACCUUACUGGGUUUGUGGACGCUCCAAAGCCAGCACAGCGUUCAUGGCCAGAGGGGAUUCUUGAGCCAGGUAGCGAGGAGAUCCCGGAGUUUCCCCCUGAGGCCACCACAAUACCUGAGCAGGAGGCAGAGGCGGAGAACUGGGGAGUGUGUGAGAGAGCGAGGAUGGAGGCGCCCCUUGACUUGCCCUCGGCCACGCAGGCGACCAAGAGCCCGGACAUCGAGGAGCCCGUUUCAACAGAGUUACCGCCAGUAGUGCCGGGCGCGAGCACAGGGAUGGAGGCGGAGGCGUCGACUCCAGGAGACCAGGGGCCGCGAAUGGGAGGAACCCCAAGAGAGACCCGCGAAGAGAAGUCCGCUCGAGUGCGGGUCCGUCUGGACGAGAUAUACACAAGACAGGCUGAGAUGGAGGCGGCGGGGAUAGAGCCGACACCGCCGGUCGAGCCCAAGACGAGUGAGCAUAGGAUCGACGAGUUGUGGGCUAGGUACGAGAGCCAGAGGGAUGCAGCCCGUCAGAGGUCACGAGAGGCGGGACAAGCGGACGAGGAGAUGAGUGAGUUGAGAGAGAUGGGGGACUUGGGGUUCUCCGCGACCAGGCAGGCGAUUGAGCGCAUGGAUCGGAGGGUAUGCGAGACGACAGUCACAUCCUUCCAGUGGUAUAAUCUACUCAGCAAUAAGCUCAGAGUUAAGGAGUUGGAGGUGGAGCACCUGACCACUCAGCUUGCCGAGGAGAGGACGAGGAGCAGGGCUAGAGAGGUUGAGUGGGAGAGGAGAUUUGGGGAGAUGGCGGCCGCUGUGGGUAGGCUCUCGGCAGCCUGGGAAGCUAGCCAGAUGGGGCGAGCCGGUGCCGAUAACCAGGGCCGAGGGGUGCAGGCUUCGCCGGGUCAGGGAGCAGCGGUGGAGGUCCCUCGACAAGCCAAGCCAAUUGAGGAAGCGCUCUUGGACGCAGUCGAGGAGGAGAGUGGCGCGCAGGAGUCGCUUAUGGCUAUGUCCACGGAGAGGAGAGGUUUGCGCUUGCAUGAGCUGGCGGCAACCAUGGGGAUAGGCACUCCACAGGAGGGGCCUCAGGGACUCGACACUCCAGAGCAUACCCCGAGGUUGGGGGAGUUGAGGGCGGAGCUGGGCUUCUGGGCCACGGGGACCGACUAAGGAGGGCCUGACUCGCGACGGCAACAGCAGCAGGAGAUCAUGAGUGAACCCGCCGCUAUGGGUGGCUCUCAGCCGU